AUGGAGUUCGUAACGGCAAAAGAAUUGUUCAUGAAAGAACACGAAAGUCAACUUCUUUCGACUGGUCUACCAAGACUGGAUGCCCUUCUUGAUGGUGGAUUCGCUCCGGGCACUUUCAACGAAAUUGUUGGUCUUUCUGGUGUUGGAAAGACACAAUUUUGCAUGCAGUUAGCGGUGAAUGUACAGAGACAUGAACGAAACAACGAGUGUGUUUAUGUGGAUACAGAAGGUGGAUUCUCGACGAAACGCGUUUGCGAUAUGACAAAUCGAUGCAUUUUGCAUGAGUCUGAAUCGAACGACACCUAUUUACGCCGUAUCCAUCACGCUAGAUGUCACGAUGCCGUUCAGUUAACAAGCACUCUUCACCGUUUACCAAACUUUAUCACCAACAAUCAAAAUGUUCGAUUUUCUUUCAUUGCUAUAGAUAUUCAGAUUGGACUGGUAAUUGUUGAUAGUGUAGCGAUGCCGAUUCGUGGUGAGAGUGAACAGCUACGUCAAACGAUUGUUGAUUACUCGAGAAUUCUUGCGAAGAUUGCCAUUGAAUAUCGUUGUGUGGUGGUCGUUGUGAAUCAUGUUGCGAUUCGAUUCCGAUCUGAACAUUCCGGUUAUGAGUCCAGUUAUUUAGCCUCGGCGCUUGGCACUUCGUGGUGUCACUAUCCAACGAUUCGGUUAUGGUUAUGUCCAGCAGAAGAUGUGCCUUCAUCGCAAAGAAGUGUUCAUGUGACUAAAAAUCCGUUUGGUGCAAUCGGGAGUGUAUCGUACAGAAUCGUUGAGGGUGGAUUAGAAGAAGUGCAAGAUGAUUGA